AUGCAAGACAGGCUUAAUGCACUUACAAGUCGAUUCGACAAUCAAGAAAUUGAUGUUCAAGAAUAUUUACAAGCUCAAAUUGAAGAAAAACGUAUGAAAUUUGAAUUUGAAUUAGAAACAAAACGUAUGCGACGAAGAAGUGAACAAGAACACGAAAUUCGUAAUUUACAAAUGCUAGUUGCUCUGUCUCGACCUCAGCAACAAUAUCCAAUUACUUUAACCUCCAUUCCUACUUCGUUCUUUACUCGAGUACAAUCAACGCAACCCUCUGCUGGUGCAGUUUUCAUCGGAACUCAAUCACAAGCUUGCCCUACCGCUGUCGGAGGAAGUCUACCUAAAUCAAGUGGUGAUGAUCGAUAUGAGAUGUUAUAG